UGGCAGUCAUUAUACACAAACAUGGCGGCCAGCUGAGAAAGUAUAGUUAGUUUCCGCCUGUGCACGUUGAAAAAUAAAAUUUUAACCCACAUAUAUUUAUAUUUGAUAGAAUCGGCUUGCAGUUUAGUUGCAAGUAACUUUAUAGGAUACUAAGAUGGCUGCGUGGGCUGGGUUUUCAGAGGAAGAACUGCGAAGAAUGAAAGACAACGGCGAAGUCGUAAACCAGGCUGUGUCCGUCACAUUGGGUCGUGGUCGGAAAGCCGCUCCGACUAACCGAAGCAGACAGCAGCUGCAGCGGGAAAGGGCUCUGCAGCUGGCAGCCAAACAGAAGGAGGACAGCCAGUCUCUUCCACCCGACCAACAACUCACCAAGCCCCCAGACCCGCCUGCUGUCACACCACGGGACGAGCCCAAACCGAUGGAAUCGCUACUGAUUGAACAUAAAUCAGAACCUGUUAAACAUGACCCAGAAUCACCUGCAGAGUCAGCUCCACCAGCAGUCAUCAAAGAGCUGGACAAACAGGAAGUGGAAUUGCGAGAGAAGAACCGUCUACAACAAUUGCAGUGGGAGCAACGGAUAAUGGAAGAGAAGAAUAAAAAAAGAAAAGCUCUCCUUGCAAAAACCAUUGCUGAAAAGUCCAAACAGACACAAGCUGAAGCUGUGAAACUGAAGAAGAUCCAGAGAGAACUUCAGUUACUGGAUGAUUCUGUGUCCAGCGACAUCGGGAUUCUUAGAAAACUGAUAGAGGAAUCAAGCAUGGAUUAUUCCCUGGCAUGGAAGCGCUUUGAGAAAGCCGAGGCUGAGUAUGUUGCCGCUAAGAUGGAUUUGCACAGAAAAACAGAGGCGAAAGAGCAGCUGACAGAGCACCUGUGUGCGAUCAUCCAACAGAAUGAGCUGCGCAAGGCCCGCAAACUGGAGGAGCUGAUGAUUCAGCUAGAGCUUAAUGCUGAGGACGUCCCCAUCUCGCAGGAAACGGAUCCAGAGGACAAAGAGAGGGAGGCCGGCGCCCAGUCCGUUACCGAAAACCUUACUGAGGCACACACGGAGGAGCGCACAGAGGUGGAUGGCUCAAGUACGAGCAAAGACGGUUCCAUUACAGAACCAAAGAUCAGCCAGGACAAUCAGGAGAGCAAAGCAACAGACGUUUCCGCAGAUGGGCCGAGAUAGCUUCCCAGCUUCAAUUUAAUAGAGGCUGUGUGACGGUUUACAUAACACUCGCUACCAACUAUAGAAAUUGUGACAAUCCUACAUUUUGUGAGGAUAAAAGGCAGUCUCAGUUUGAUUUUGGUGUCAAGUGAACGUUGUUCCAUUACUACUAGCAUUAGAAAUGCCUUAACAUCACAGGGCUGAAAUAUCGAUUGUGAUCUGUUAAGCUCGGGUUUUGGUUUUAAUUGAGGGUGCUACAUGAUCCUAAAUGUGGGCAGUUAAAAUAGUGCCAUGUAUUUUAUUGUGGUUCCUUCGGAUGUCAGUCAGUUGUAUAAUUUAAUCUGUCUUCCAUUAAACCAAAUCUCCUGAAAUCAUUGUGUAUCUUAAAAACACUAUAAAAGAGUAAAUACUGUUAACUUGAUUUGUUUUAUAUUUUUGACGUUAUUCAAAAUAGAAUUGUGGCAAACGGCCUGGGGGUGGUUUGUAGUUGUGAUUUAUUUCACAUGAUGUUGCACAAGUGAAUGGCGGAACCUUUUAUCUGUAUCUGCUUGUCUCAUAAAAAUAACUUGAUGUGAAUGUUAACAAAUUAAUAACAGCAGGGGUUUUUUAUAAAAAAAAACUGACAGUUUGCUCAGCAGAGAUGAGGAACAAUUGAUUUGUACUCUGGAGGAAAAAACUGUUGGCGUUUGGGGAAGUUGAAUGGCAUAGUUUUUAGAAAUACAUGUUUUGUAUAUAAUUUAUACUUUUUUAAUAAAAGUCAGAAAAAAACAAGCGGAGCUUUAAACCAACACUAAAACCAUUUAACACUAUAACAGCACGGUUAUGUCUUAUUACUGCAAGUUUUGAGAUGUAUAAUAUAUCAGGUUGAUAUGAAUGUCAUGCGCUUGAGUAUAUUCGUUUGCAUUAAAAUGACUGUAAACUAUUCUAUUCCAUAUUUAAAUGGUCUGUUGGAGAAUAAAGUGUUUUAAUAUUGUAA